UUGUGACGUCCACACUUUCCUCUUCUCUGGGAUUGACUGCUAACGUUACCUGACUGUAACGGUUCACCAGUGGUAUUAGUUUUUAUUUUACGGACUGUUUUUGCUCAUAAAGAGGAUUUCGAGUGUCUUUUAUGAGUAAUCAACGGCAGCAGAAGCCUACGCUAACAGGCCAGCGUUUCAAAACCCGGAAAAGAGAUGAAAAGGAAAGGUUUGACCCCACCCAGUUUCAGGAAAGCAUCGUACAAGGUCUGAACCAAUCUGGCACUGAUUUGGAAGCGGUCGCAAAGUUCCUUGAUUCCUCUGGUGCCAAGCUUGACUACCGACGCUAUGUAGAGACUCUCUUCGACAUCCUGGUGGCUGGUGGAAUGCUGGCCCCAGGGGGUACAUUGUCUGAUGACAUGACCCGCACAGAGUUCUGUCUCUUCAAAGCACAAGAGGACAUGGAGACCAUGCAGGCAUAUGCCCAGGUUUUUAACAAGCUCAUCCGGCGUUACAAAUACUUGGAGAAAGGAUUUCAGGAGGAGAUUAAAAAGCUGCUGCUGUUCCUCAAGGGCUUCACUGAAUCUGAGCGCAACAAGCUAGCCAUGCUGGCAGGAAUUCUGCUGGCCAACGGCAACCUCUCUGCAGCCAUUCUCAGCAGCCUCUUCAAUGAGAACCUUGUCAAAGAAGGUGUUUCAGCGUGCUUCGCUGUAAAACUCUUCAAAUCCUGGCUUUCUGAAAAGGACAUCAGCUCCGUCUCUUCCAGUCUCCGAAAGGUUGGCAUGGACAGCAGGCUCAUGGAGCUGUUCCCUGCCAACAAGCGCAGUUGUGAGCACUUCUCAAAGUACUUCUCAGACGCCGGACUGGAGGAGCUUUCGGACUUUGCCAAAAACCAGCAGUCCAUAGGGGCUCGCAAGGAGCUGCAGAAGGAGCUUGAGGAGCAGAUGUCACGUGGGGACCCCCUCAAAGAUAUCAUCCUCUACGUCCGAGAUGAAAUCAAGAAGAACAACAUCUCUGAGCAGAAGAUGAUUGAACUCAUUUGGUCCAGCGUGAUGAGCUCGGUGGAGUGGAACAAGAAGGAGGAGCUGGUCACAGAACAAGCCAUCAAACUUUUAAAGCAAUACAGCCCACUGCUGAAGGCGUUCACCUCCCAGGGCCUCUCUGAACUAACUCUCCUGCUGAAGAUCCAGGAGUACUGUUACGACAACAUCCACUUCAUGAAGGCAUUCCAGAAGAUUGUGGUGCUGCUCUACAAAGCGGAUGUUUUGGGCGAGGAAGCAAUUCUGAAGUGGUACAAUGAAGCCCACGUUGCCAAAGGCAAGAGCGUUUUCCUUGAACAGAUGAAAAAGUUUGUUGAAUGGCUGAAGAACGCAGAGGAAGAGUCUGAGUCUGAGGAAGAGGAGGCAGACUGAGGACCUCUACCUAUGACUACCAUCUUGAUUUCUACUUUUACAUUAACAUAGCACCAGAUGCAGGAGAAGGACUCGUUGCAGGAGUCUGUCUGUAUUUAGUUUUUUCUUUCUCUAUUCCCUACCUCCUAAUAACUAGUUCAACUGUAAUGUAAGGGCUUUAAUAUUUUCAUUUCCAACAUCUUUACUUUCUGAAUCAAUACUUGUACUCUUCUUUAUACUCCUACAAGAGCCGGUCACAGAACCACGUUUAGCUGAAUAGAUCGAAGCCCCUUUUAUUUAACAAAGAGGGACUUUUUUUUUUGGACGGAUGUUUCCCUUUGAAAUCGGCCCGUUUGGAGGCAUCACAGCUGUUCUAUUUAGUCAUGGAACUCUUGUUUGCCAGAGGUCUGUCUGUGUCGCCAUGAUAUCUUGGUCCUCUGAAAGGCAAACGGCUUUCUCCACCUCAUUUUACAUUUCUGCCAAUUAUGUGACCACUUUGAAUUUUUUGCCAAUUUGUUAGAUUAUUGGUGAUGAAAAAAUGCCAUUUCAAGCAGCAGUCAUGGUGGCAAUGCCCCACAAAAUGAACUUUAAAUGUUUUCUACAUCUUACGAAACAGAACCAUGCAAGUGUAUUGUUUUUUCCUUUACCAUACAGUUUGACUUUUUAAAAUAAAGGGGAAAUUAAUGGUUUUCAUUACUGCUGGAUUUACUGUUACAGUCAUGUCAGAUCACCGUUGUAGUGUGAAGUUGCAUAAUGGGGAUAUUAUGAGCAAUUAGAAGACUAUUUUAGUCCUAAAUACGCAGCCAGUGGUACUGAAAGGUUCUUGUAGAAAUCCCUGUUGUGUCACAGAUCAACUUGUGUUCCCUCAAUGCUUGAUUGUUUGAUCUGCUGCAGCCUCGCGUAAUCAAGAAAGUUAGCCUAGCAUGCGUGACCUGAGGAGCAAACAAGCAGCUUGCUCACCUCUCUGCUAUCCCACUUUUAAAUGGUAAUUAUGGCUCAGCCAAGCAUGCAGGAGCGAGAUUGUGAUUCAAGAUGUUAUAAAAGCGGAGGUCCAUGCGCAUUCAUUACGACAAGUCAUCUUACAAAGGCUGAGAAACGAGCCGCUCGGUUUACUGCCAUACUGCAAAACAAAUUUUGAGUGUAUAUUUAACCACAUGCAUUGCAGGUGAUAUUAAAGUGUCAGGAAACAUUUUAUUGAUUUUCCCCCAACCAAAUAUUCUAUAUUUUAUACUUUUUACUUAGGUGGUGUUGAAUCAAGACCAUUAUCUCUUCCUCUGGAAAGGAUCUAUUCAUACAUGCUUGAACAUGUUUGUGCAUCUUUCAGAGGAAAAUGAUUCUCUUCAGCACCAACCAUCACACAGACAGUUACCCAGGCCUUGAAUGCACUGGAGUGGUUAUGGUAGGAGGUAUUGUAAGUAAAGGUGAAACUGAUUAAGAAUUGUCUAGAUCUCGGUAACAUUUACUCAGUGUCUUUACAAUGGCCUUGCUACAUCGGAUGGGUAAUAUAUUCUAAUCCAAAGGAAUAUACUGUACACGACAGAGUACCUCUAACAGUAUUGACUGAUUAUCAAUUUCACUCGGUACCAACAGAUGGCAGUAAGCCCUUAAAAUAUGCUCUUUCCUUCCAUUAAAGCCUUCCACAGUUUAAGAGUAGAGCUCAAAUAGGAAAAAAGCCAUUUUGAAGAAACCAGACUGGAAAGUAUUAGACACAGGCACAACUACAAAGCAUUCGACACCAGUGUUCUCUCUGUCCCCGGAGGAUUUGUUUGCUUUUUGGUUUCAUUUAGUCCCUCUAAAGAACAUGAAACAAUUAUGGAGAGUGACAUGCGGGAAGGAGGAGAGAAACACGGCUGCUUUUGAGAUUUUGAUUGUGAGCGCGUGCAGUGCUGAAUGGCAGCGACGCUCCCCAGUCCUUCCCUGUGCAAAGCACCGGCGAUGCCAUUUUGGUGAGACCAUUAUCUGCUUGUUACCAACGCUGCCUCACUUCACACCACACAGCGCUCCUCCCUGCAUGUCAUUUUGUGCAGGCACCGAGCACGGCUGCGUAUCGAGGGAGGCUCUGGUAUAAUGAGCUGUACACACUGUGCCUCUGACACAUCUGUUUGUUUUGCUCCCGUUUUUAAAACGACAUAUGCUGCUGGAUAUACAGUAGGUAUCCCAAAGCUUACCUUUCUCCCAGUUGUAUCUCAAUGUGUGGAAACGCACUGAGCAAGACAGACUUGUCUCUUUAGUGACCAGGAGGCCAGAUGUGUCAUUCCCUCAGUGACUAACCAUGAUUUCAUCUCAUUAUCCUGUAGCAUUCAUAACAAAAUAAUUUUUUGUAAUUUUACUUUUUUCAAUGCCCUAAUGUGUCAGAGAAAAACAGAAGAAAAAAAAAAACGAACUUGUUUUAUUUUUGGAAAAUUCUCUCUCAGUUGGACUUCCCUCUUGAACUGAAUAGCCCAGCACAAUGUGCCAGGGAAUGCCAGGGGAGUUGUGUAGAGCAAUUAUUCUGGAUUUCACACUGCGGCUUUGGUCAGUAAACACAACUCAGACUGCAAUGCACAACUCAUCUGAAUAAUGCUGUCAGAAAACAGAGGGAGACCGGGCAAUGGUUCGUUUCAAUGAGAAGAGACUUGAGAUAAUUACUCAGGUUUUUUUCAAGCAAAAAAAAAAAGAAGAAAACCCGCCUCCAACCAGGGCGCGCUGUGCUGAGCACAAUAGAUGCGCUGUUUUUGUUUUGGGCAAAUUGUAAGUGAUAUGUUUGCUUUGCAUUUCAAGCAGCAUUUUGUCACAGGCCAGUUUUUUGUUUUGUUUUUUUCUGCUCUGCUGCCGUUGUAUUUAUGGAAGACCGCUCUAAUGCUGGGCUUAGCACCCAGGUGAAAUAUGGAAAUGAGGAUCAACAUGUUGGCUCACCAAACGCUGCCAAUUUGUCCUCGGAUCAACUUCUGCCAAACAUCUUAAAGCAGUGCAGCCUCAAUGUAGUCAUAUCAUGGACAACUGAGCGCCUCUGUGACAGGAAAUCGCUGCUAAGCUCUUAAUUAAAACCAAGAGGGCUGAGGAGAUUUAUUUUUUUGGGUUAUAGGCUGACAGCCACUGUUGUCUGUCAGCUGUCCCCGCUCGGCCUGUGUUGAAGGCUCUGUCCCUGAAGGCAACACGGCCACCCUCUCCUUAAGCUAUAUCAUGCAACUGCCUUUUUAAUGUUGUAGCCUGGAACCAUUCUUCUCAAGGUUAUUCAUCACGUAUUAUACUCCGGUUCCAGAGGCAGUUUAAUUAAAGAUGACAACUACAGGUUUGAACAUUUUUAUACCGUGACCACUGCCUGACUGAACGUACUGUACAGUCUCUGUAUACCUUUAUCACUGCUGUCCAAUUUGUAGUUCACUUUUACAUUUCAACAACCUGUCUGCUGGUCCUAGUGAUGCAUGUCUCUUUAUUAGGAAAUGAACAGUGAGUGAGGGAUCAUCUCAAAUGACCCAAGUGUGGCUAUUGCUCCUUCAAAAGGUCACCAGCAUGGUAUUUGAAACUGGGGGGGGGGGGGGGGGGUUGAAGGAAGAGAUGCAGCAAGAAAAACAAGACGGCCAACAGCUGAAUCAUAAAAGUGAGCACUACAAAUAUAAUUGAAAAGAUGAAACGCACAGGUUGUGCUGACAGGGUUCAUUGAUCUGGUGGUCACCAGAACCUCAAAUAAGGGCAUCUUUGCCCCCUGAAAGCCCCCCCCCCCCCUGCCAGCUUAUGGGGAUCACACUGAGGGUGUGUAAUGGCCUGGCGGUGAGAGUCCGGGGAUUUAGCAGCUCGACUCCAGUCAACACUGAGGCUCAUCACAAACAUCAUUACUUUCUUGGCUUGUCCUUCUCCCUCUUCAGUGGCGUGAUAGCUGUGUAAAAACGACUGGGAGCAAAGAGAUGGAUGGCCUAUAUUGAUAGAGUGACUCAAGGGCUGCUAUUGACUGGGUACUUGUGCCCCAUAUCCACAGCAACAACAACAAAAAACCUCUAAACUAGUCUUGAAGAGCAUAUAUUAUUCCAUCUAACCUGCUCUAGCUCAUGUUGCUUGUUAAAGAGCUUCCACUGAUCCUUCUAAUCAUUGUCAUCAGGGCUUAACAGGGCCUCUGCUGGAGGUAGAGUAAGUGCAUUCAGUUGGAGCUGUGCAAGAAGUGAAAGGGAAGGGGUGGGCACUUUGACAGCCCUCAUGGGAACACCAAGGCUACAUCACAACACUUUGGCUGUGACAAACUGCUCUGAUAACUUGCAAAUGGAAUGAAAGUUUGCAUCUCUAGAAUGUUUUUAACGAGUCUCCCUGGAGUGUGGCAUAAUGACUGUGGAACUCAGAGAGAGAGACUGCGAGUGUUCGGUCUGCAUGCAGCGCUCGGCUUUCUUUUGCCCGUUUAUGCACCAGCGGCUCUAGGGACUCAGACAGGCUCUGGAAAGACAUGAAAAAGCCUCUACAAAACUGUUUGUUUUUGUAAGGAAUGGCAGAGUAGGGAGGAGGAAUGCACUUAAUAUUAAAUGACUACUUUACAAAAAAAAAAAAAAAAAGAGAAGAAAUAUUGCAGAUAUUCAAUAAAACCCACCCGAACAUGAAAACAAUUGACAUUCUUAAAAA